AUGGCAGAAACCGCUCCGGCCAAAUCACCCAAGAAGAAGUCCGCUGUUAAAGCCAAGAAAGCAGGUCCAGGCGUCGGCGACCUGAUCGUCAAGGCUGUGUCCGCAUCCAAGGAGAGGAGCGGUGUGUCCCUCGCCGCCCUGAAGAAAGCGGUCGCUGCCGGUGGAUACGAUGUUGAGAAGAACAACUCCCGCGUCAAGACCGCCAUCAAGAGCCUGGUGACUAAAGGCACUCUGCUGCAGGUCAAAGGGACCGGCGCCUCGGGCUCCUUCAAGCUCAACAAACAGCAAGCCGAGACCAAGAAGAAAGCGGCUCCUAAAGUCAAGAAGCCCGCAGCCAAGAAACCCGCUGCCGCUAAAAAGCCCAAAACUGCAGCGGCAAAGAAGCCCGUCGCCAAGAAAUCGCCAAAGAAGGUGAAGAAACCCGCCGCUAAAAAGACAACGAAGAGUCCCAAGAAGGCAAAGAAACCAGCGACUCCUAAGAAAGCAGCCAAAAGCCCGAAAAAGGCAAAGGCAGCAAAACCAAAAGCGGCGAAACCUAAAGCAGCAAAGCCUAAAGCCGCCAAGCCUAAGAAGGCAGCUCCAAAAAAGAAAUAAAUCCACUGUUUGUUUCUCAACGGCUCUUUUAAGAGCCAACCA